AGGGGCGGCGUGCGGAGCUGGGGUGAGGCACGGGUCGCCGCUCGGCUCGGGGUUUUAACUGUUUUUUUUUAAAUCACCCCCCCCUUCGCCCACCUGCUUUCCCCAUGGAGUUCAAGCUGGAGGCGCAUCGCAUCGUCAGCAUCUCUCUAGGCAAGAUCUACAGCGCGCGGGGCCAGCGCGGCGGCCUGAAGCUGCACAAGAACCUCCUGGUGUCGCUGGUGCUGCGCAGCGCCCGACAGGUCUACCUGAGCGAGCCGGGCUGCCCGCCCGAGCCGCCCCCCGCGCCCGCCGGCCACCCCGAGGAGGAGCCGCCGCCCCGCACCGCCGCCUGGGCGGCCGAGGAGCCGCCGCCGCCCCCGCAGGACGAGGCGGGCAGGGACUGCCAGGGCCCCCGGCCGCGGCGCUGUUGCUGCGGCGAGAACCGCGGGGGCUGCGCCGGGGCCCCCCCGCCGCCGCACUGCCCCCGCAAGCGGAGCGCCGGCGAGCGCGGCCAGGCGGGCUCCCCGGUGAAGAAGCCCCGCCGCGAGGAGGAGGAGCCGCCGCCGCUGCCGCCGCCGCCCUCGCCGCCGUGCGAGCAGGAGGACAUGGAGACGGGCAACGUGGCCAGCCUCAUCAGCAUCUUCGGCUCCAGCUUCUCGGGACUGCUCAGCAAGGAGCCCAAGGGCCGGCGGCGACCGCCUCUGGACGGCGGCGAAGCGGCGGCGGGCACGGCGCCCGCCGAGGCGGCGGCCGAGCCGGGACAGAUCUGCUGCGACGAGCCGGUGCUGCGGACCCUCAACCCCUGGAGCACGGCCAUCGUGGCCUUCUGAUGGCCCGGCCGCAGAGACUGGCUCCCCGCCGCGGGCCGCGGGGCCCGGAGGUGACACCCACCGAGCGCCGCGGGGCUCCGGCGCCGGCCAGACCCGGCGCCCUGCGCUGCCGCACGGGAGGGACCGCGGGGCAGCGGCGGCAGCGCUUCCCCGUUCCCCGCCGGGUCCCGGCUGCCGGCACCCGCCCUGGGAGCGCCCCCGGCCCUGCCCUCCCGGAAUUCGCCUUCCCGGCAGAGCCGCCGCCGCCCUCCCCGGCGCCCGGGGGAGGCUCCUCGGCUGCCGCCGACCCCGGGGGCGCCCCCGGCGGGUGAUAUUUUAAGCUUGGAAAGUAUUAAGUUUAUUAAAUAAAGUCUCUAUUUUGGAAAGGUUUAGGUCAGAACUAUUACAUGGUGCUUUUUAAAAGUGUUUAUUGAGAGGAACGAAGUUUACAGACGCUCUGACGGAAAGUCCUUGAGCCUGUUUGUUAGGCUUGGUAACUCCCGGUCUUUGUUGUAUAAAGGCUUGGGGCUCCCGUAGGGAAUUUUGUACAGUGUUCUCCUUCAGUGAUGUAUCAUGUUUUGUAUAAAAUGUAAUUUCUACGUGUACAACACGUAUUAAAUAUUUUCAAGUGUA